CGGAGGGGACCCGCCUGGGCACAGCCCGCCGGGCACCGCCUCCUGCCGGGGCUCCGUCGCGAGGGCGGAGCGGCAGUGCGCUCUGGUUUGGGCAUGCCGUUCGUUCAGCUACGCGUCCUGAGUGGUGGGGCAGGCUCGGUUCUCGUCCGGGCGGCUGCCGUCGAGUCUGCAGCAUCGGCGCCGUCGAGAGCAGGCGGACGCCGGCGACCAGGCAGAGAGUGGACGCUUGGCGGGGCCCACGGUUUCAGAAGCGCCGCCUCAGCCAUGGCCCCAAUCAAGGUGGGAGAUGCCAUCCCUUCCGUGGUGGUUUUUGAAGGGCAGCCUGGGAACAAAGUGAACCUGGCAGAGCUGUUCAAGGGCAAGAAGGGGGUGCUGUUUGGAGUCCCUGGGGCUUUUACCCCUGGCUGUUCCAAGACCCACCUGCCAGGAUUUGUGCAGCAGGCUGAGGCUCUGAAGGCCAAGGGGGUCCAGGUGGUAGCCUGUCUGUGUGUUAAUGAUGUCUUUGUGACUGAAGAGUGGGGACAAGCUCACAACUCGGGAGGCAAGGUUAGGCUCUUGGCUGACCCCACUGGGGCCUUUGGGAAGGAGACAGAUUUGCUACUAGAUGAUUCAUUGGUGUCCCUGUUUGGAAAUCGUCGGCUCAAGAGGUUCUCCAUGGUGGUAGAGGAUGGCAUAGUGAAAUCCUUGAAUGUGGAGCCAGAUGGUACAGGCCUCACCUGCAGCCUGGCCCCCAACAUCCUCUCACAGCUCUGAGGACCCGGGCCCCUACUCCUUCCACCCUUUCCUGGUUCACCAGUCCAGCCUCAAUGGGGACCACCAAGUGGGAAUUGUGACCAAAUUUCUGCAAUAAACAUUUCUGGUUCACAAUUA